GGCAACGCGGCAGGUAAUGUGGUAGCCUAACCCGGAACGCCUCAUAGGGCUAUUUUCACCCACCUGUGGGGGCACUCCCAUUUAGGCCGAAUACCCAAUUGUGCAUGCGCUUCGCCUUUUGGUGUCUUCCCAAUGAGUUGGUAACUUCUUAGGGCUACUCGUAUCGAUCCCUUUUAGGGACCCUUUUAAAGGUGUGUCCAAAUGUGCACCUUCUUUGUAGUGGAGGGUAAGCGGUGAGGGAGGAACGGGCGUGGCUCUCCAGGAAAGUUUUCCCCCCACAGCGUGCGAUUUGCUCCACCCCUAAUGGGUUGCGCACAAACUGGCAGGUUAAUCCCCACAUGUGAAAUGAGAGAGUGCCUCUCCAGUGGGCACUGUCGUUUAGAGGGUUCACUCCAAGGGGGUAGGAGAAUCCCCCCAAAAGGGGAAUUAACAAACCGGCGUUGACAUGUCAUGGUAAGAUGGCUGCAUCCCCCGCGGAGGGGAGCGGCAAACGUGGUGACGACAACAUGGUGGUGUUUCCCCAAUGUGGUGGAAAAAAAAAAAAAACGCCGCUCCCCGUUGCGCACCUGCAUUGUGGUGGUGGUGGUCGCCACGAGGAAAGCACUUCCCUGCCAAAGGAAGGAAAACCAUUCCUCCCAUGUUGACAGUGACAACCGUGGGUAGCCACUUCCGUGCGUGUUAUGGGUAUACGCGUAUGUAUAGGUGAACCAAGUGGAGCAACUCUAUGGGCGCUCCUGGCACAACGGCAGCCUCCUAAUAUGACAUGCCCAGGCAUCUGCUGAUCAAAGGCGCAGUGCUCCUGGCGGCACUGGCCUGGCUGAGCAGCGCGGGCAUACCCGGGCUGCACAAAUGGGUGAUCCAGAACUUCCCCAGUUGCGUGAAGGUAGUGGAGAGGAACAGCCUGCUGGACGUGACGCACUUGGGGGGGAAUUUCGCGCGUGGGAGAAAAAAUAAAAAAAAGGGAGGAGGAGCGGCAGGAGGGGGAGCAGGAGGAGCAGCGGGAGGAGGCACUCAUUGGAAGAAGGGCCCAACGAAGAUAGGUCGCGUGGAUAACCUCCUAUUCGACAUGAACCAACUGCUGCACAAAGCGAACGUCCAGUUUGUAAACGAUGAGCAGUAUUUCUGCAAACUCUCCUAUUUGAUUAGCAACGUGCUUAGGAAAUUUCAACCGCAGAAGAACAUCGUGUUCGCGAUCGAUGGCAUUUGCCCUUUUUCGAAACUGAAGUUGCAAAUUAAAAGACGAGCGAAGGGGAAGAACCUCCAGGGUGGAGACAACUCAAAUGACAUCACGUGUGGUAGUCCUUUCAUUCAGAAGGUGUCAUCAUUUCUCCGGAACUUUGUAGCGCAUCUAACGUCCCUAUCCAAGUAUGAGCAUGUGAAAGUGUACGUCUCCACCGAUAAGGAGGUGGGGGAGGGGGAACUUAAGCUGAUGAACUGGAUGCAGAACUACGUAGGGGGGGGAAGCAGUUCUCUUGGUGCCUCCAGAAAAGCGGACGAAUCGUUCGUCAUCGUGGGGGCAGACGCGGACCUCCUCCUGCAGUGCUUGGCUUUGAAGGGCGUGCAAAAUGUGUGUGUGUAUACGUACCAGACGUUCCUCGUGGAUGUGGGCGCGUGGGGGAGGAGGAAGAAGGAGGACCACCUCGCGGGGGAAGGCAGCCAUGUUGGAAGCUCCUCCCCAAAUGGAAAAGCCACACCAAAUGGAGAGUCCCACCAUGGGGGGGGCCCCACCCACAAGUGGAGGAAGAAAAAGAUAAAAGUCCUAUACAAUCUGAACACAUUCACGAACCUCUUUCGGAUGAAGUACCCGAGGGCCAUCGACCAAAUCAGGCGAGACAUGCUCAUCCUGUUUAUCCUAAAAGGGAAUGAUUAUUUGCCGAAAAUAAGGGAGGGAAAUUUUUCCACCUUUUUUGAGGCCUACUUUAACAUGCUGGACGUUGAAAUGGGGAUAGAGGAAUCUGGGAGGAGUCCCUACGGAGGGCUGUUGACAGAGGGGUACGCUCUGAAUGGGCCCCAAUUUGUAAAAUACUUAACCCAUGUGCAUAGGUUGGUCAGUCUGCCAAGGUGCUACCUCCAAAGGUUUAGGGAGCGUACAGAUGGGGGAAGCAAAAUGGACGAAAUAAAAACAGAUGAAGAGGGGAGGGACGUCUGCAAAGCGAACGCGUCGUACCUCCCCCUGUCUCUCCUAAACGAACUGAUCAGCCAACGUAAAAUAAAUAAAAACGAUUUGCACAUUCAGGUGCAGAAGGAGGAGGGCUCCGAUUUGUUCAGGUGCACCCUGACGCAGUGCUACGGAGACGGAAGGACCUCCACUUAUUGUGGUUCCUCCAGGAGGAAGAAGAUUGCCAUGCACCUCGCCUCGCAUGACUAUCUGGAAAGCGAAUUCCCCGCCUGCAUGCGCUUGGUUGAUUCGGGGCUCCUCAGGAAGAUCGUCCAAGGGGGGGAGCAGAGAGGGGUUACCCCAGAUGGCAAUUUUAACGAAGAAAGAGAGUCACCACUAGAAGGGAGAAAUGGAACAGUCCAAGGGGGAGAGCAGAGAGGGGUCACCCCGCAUGGCAAUUUGAAAGACGAAAGAGAGUCCCCACCUGAAAGGGCAAAUGGAACAAUGCAAGGGAAAGCCCAACGUGGAGACGCCCCAUCUGCAAAAGAACCACCGAGCAACCCCCCCGUGGAGGAACAACACAGCAAAACGGAGCUCCGUUUGAAAGCCUUUUACGUGCAGAAUUGUGGAGGGGAAAAAAACUACCAGGAGGAAAUGAGCAGCUGCGAGAACUACCUCCAGGGGGUCCACUGGCUAGUCCAGAUGUACACUCAAACGUGUUGCCUGAAUUUUAACUUCUUCUACAGGUACGCGGCGAGUCCCUCCCUGCUCGGCUUGUACUGCUUCCUCUCCGGGGGGGGCACCCUGGAGGAGCGGCGCACAGAUAGGGAGGCUCAACAGCACUCCGGUAGAGCAGCCAACCAGCUCACCCUCAUCGAAACCUCCAACCGCUCAAACGCAGAGACGGACAUCCUGCAGAAUAUCAACCUGAACGUGUUCAGAAACAACCAGGAGUACCACAGCUUUAUAAAUUUCUGCGUGGGCAGAUACAGGCAGGGGGUGGUGCCAUCGGAGGAACAGGGAGCAAAAGGGGAACCUCCCCGUCAGGCUCCCCAAAAAGGUUACUUCCAAAAUAUAUAUGAUAUCCUUUUUUCUAGAAAUGCAAACGUCGUGAUGAGUAGCAUCCAAAAGUUAAACGAACAGUUGAAAGGCAACCUGCACAGACGGAAACAAAUUGUGAGGUACUACUGGGAUGUUUAUGCGAGUAGGAUGGGCAAAUGCUGCAAGGUGAUUUUCCACAAAGGGAAGAAAAUAUAUGUUGCCAAGCUUGCCCUCUUCCGGAUUGCGUUCCAGAAUGGGGACUUGCGCGAUGGGACAAGUGCAGACGGGGGGGAAGCAACAACACGUGGGGUUAACAUUUCUAAUCGUAUGGGCAGGACUCGCAUCAGCAGCGGGGAGGUUAAAACGGAAGAUCGUUCCUUUCUAUAUGAUGGCGUGAACCAGUCGAGGAAAACACAGAAAAGGGGCUUCUGCACCAGGGCUAUGAGCGCGUACCCAGCUGAGGGAGACCCGUCUGUUAGGGGGACCCCCAGGAAGGUGACACGAGUUAUCCAUGUCAAACGAGCGAGGCGGACGAAUGUUGUUUUUCGUUAG